CCUCCGCCGCCGCGGCUUUCCGUGUGGGCUCCCGAACUAGACUUCAGUUUUCCCGCUGCCUCGCCCCUGGCUCACCGGGCGGCAGCACCAGCGACUGCGCUGCGCCGGCCUUCGGAGCUUGGGCGGCGGACGCUCCGGGAGCAAUGCUGCGCUGGCUGAUCGGGGGAGGCCGCGAGCCGCAGGGCCUAGCCGAGAAAGCUGCUUUGCAGACAAUAGGAGAAGACCAAAGUCAAAACCCCUACACUGAGCUGCUGGUCCUGAAAGCCCAUCGAGACAUUGUCCGGUUCCUGUUGCAGCUGGAUGACAACAGAUUUGCAUCUGCUGGUGAUGAUGGAAUUAUAAUUGUGUGGAAUGCCCAGACAGGAGAAAAGCUCCUGGAACUCAGAGGACACACCCAGAAGAUAACAGCUGUCAUUGCAUUUCCUUCCCUGGACUCCCGUGAGGCAGACAGUCAGCUCAUCUUGACUGCCUCGGCUGACAGGACUGUCUGUGUUUGGGACUGUGACACUGGCAGACAAAUCCAGAGAGUCUCCUGUUUCCAGUCUACUGUAAAGUGCUUAACUGUUCUUCAGGGACUAGACGUUUGGCUCUCGGGUGGUAAUGACUUAGGUGUGUGGAACCGAAAAUUGGAUCUGCUGUGUAAGACCAACCACCUUUCUGAUACAGGGAUCAGUGCUUUGGUUGAAAUCCCUAGGAAUUGUGUUGUAGCAGCAGUUGGCAAAGAACUGAUAAUUUUUAGAUUAGUAGCUCCCUCGGAAGGCUUGCUGGAAUGGGAUAUCAUUGAGGUUAAACGCCUUCUUGAUCACCAGGAUAAUAUUCUGUCAUUGGUUAACAUCAAUGAUAAGAGUUUCAUCACUGGCUCCCAUGUUGGAGAGCUGAUCAUCUGGGACGCCCUGGACUGGACUGUGCAGGCCUGUGAGCGCAGCUUCUGGAACCCAUCUCCACAGCCGGAUGCCCAGCAAGAAAUAAAACUCUGCCAAAAACAAAAUGACAUUUCUAUUAAUCAUUUCACAUGUGAUGAAGAGAAUAUAUUCGCUGCAGUUGGAAGGGGGCUAUAUGUGUAUAACUUACAAUUGAAGCAUGUGAUUGCCUGCCAGAAAACUGCACACGAUUCCAACGUCCUACACAUCGACAAACUUCCCAACAGGCAGUUAAUCUCGUGCUCAGAAGAUGGCAGUGUCCGCAUCUGGGAGGUCCGAGAAAAGCAGCAGCUGGCAGCAGAACCUGUCCCGACAGGGUUUUUUAAUAUGUGGGGAUUCGGAAGAGUGAACAAACAAGCCAACCAGCCUGUUAAAAAGCAGCAAGAAAAUGGCACUACAUGUUCCCUGGAGCUCAUUGGAGAUUUGAUCGGCCACUCAUCCUCCGUGGAGAUGUUCUUAUACUUUGAAGAUCAUGGACUAGUGACAUGCUCUGCGGAUCAUCUCAUUAUUUUGUGGAAAAAUGGAGAGCGAGAAUCUGGAUUCCGAAGCAUAAAGUUAUUUCAGAAGUUAGAAGAAGACGGUGACUUACACCCUGCUGUCUAGUUGAAGGAAUUGGACAGAUACAUACGUAUGAGCCUUGGACAGCAAAUACAAAGUGGCACUCUGAAAACCAUAGCACACUGAUCUUAGAUUUGGAAUGUUUUUCUUGCCUAUGAAGUUCUUUCUGUCUGCCAGCAACAAGUGUGUCCACCCAAGGACAUAGCACAAGUGUCCACUGGGUCUUGCUGCUGUGGAAGGGGUGGGUGCUGUGUUCUGUUUCUUAAAGUGAUAGGGGGAAAAGGUAACUGUAAAGUUGUCACAUUAUUUAGAAGUUUUAUUUUAGGUUCCUUUAAAGACUGUUUAAGAAUUGUCAGGAUAAAUAUAUCCCUUCUACUACAAAUUCUCCUGUUCUUUAGUAGCUUUCAGUGUUCACGUGAACUAAAUUGAAUAUUAGCCAAAAAAUUAUAUUCUUUAAGUACAAUGAUUCUUUUUGGUACCAACUAAUUUAAGUCAAUGAAAAAAAAUUCAUUGUACCUACUAGAGUCCCUCUGUGCUCCAGGCCACAGGCAUCAUCUGAGGGUACAUUUCUUUCUCAGUGGGAACUGGCCAGUGCUCGGUUGUUUCUGUGGUGAGUCCUGGUAGCUAAAUUGCCUUAGCCAUCUGCUUUGCCUCUGCCUUAACAUAAAAUGGUCAAAGACAGCCUCAUUGUUUGGCCUAUUGAACAUCUGCUAAGACUGGGCCAUCUCCAUCACCAGCCUUGUGACAAUAUUCUCACUUUUGGCACGGAAACAUAAAAUGUAUUCUACAUAGUAGUGGGGGUUAUUCCUGAACUGAUGAUUAAGGAAUCUUAGUAAAGACAGGCAAGAUGAAUGAUGUUAGGCAUCUGAUCCUUCUCCAAGAGAAUGUUUACAUAUUUGUGUGUGCACACGUGGGUUCUGUACUUCCUGGAUGGAUGCUAGGAAUUCUCGGCUUCGCCAGUUUCAACUUCCACAGCUGCUUACAAAGAUCAGUAGCAUCAAGAUGGUAGGUAGGUGAGUGGCACAAUGUUAGAAAUAGGAAACCAAGGCCCGUGGAGGUAAGUUCGCUCGUUAGUGCCCGUUGUCAUCAUUGAAGAGACUUAAAACCAGACAAGGAGGAGAGGGAGGAAAGCGGAGAGGACUUCAUGGUGACCAUGUUAGGAAAAUCGGUGUUCAUAGUCCGUGCUGCUGUUGUAGUUCACAGUGAAAAUAGCUUUAUAGGAAAAAUAUUACAAUAUAAGCUAACUUAAUUAGGACAUAGCAGCAUGAGAAUGAGAAGAUUAACAGUACCGUUUAGCCAGCAAACCACUGUUAUCUGAGGAGUCAACACAAGAGGCAGAUUUCUCGUCAUUCUUCCUGAAGAUGAGAUGUGGGUAGCACCCGCCAGCCAGGCAGACAUCCGUCUGCUCUGUGCAUCCGCUGGUCACCGUAGCUAAUUUAUUUUAGACUCACUUAAAGCUUUGAGUUUGCUUCCCCUUUUAUUAGCUAGCUUUUCCUUUGCAAAUUUUGUAUUAGGCUAUUAGUAAAGGUGUUUUCUUAAGUGAUAUAAGAAUCCAUAGGGGUUUUGUUCUGUUAUAACUGUUUCCUAACCUGCUUUGGAUUCAUUUUUGUGGUAGUAUUCUGUUCAAAUGGAGGUGCAGAAGUCAUGCCUGAGUUUCAGGGGCAGACAGGAUCUGAGUCAGGCAUUGCUGCUGUUGCACUGUGGCUGACCGGUUUCCCACCACUAGAGAGAACUAGUGUGUCCUGAGGGUAGCCUUCCAUCUGCUGUGAGACCUGGUGUCAGUGUUCUGAGGCUAGGGAGACGGAGCAUGAUAGGUGGCCAUGGCAGGACCUUUGCUGCCCAGGAGUUCCCUGUAGACUGUUCCUAGGACUUGAACUUGCAGUUUAGAGGAAGCAGAUUAGAGCUAAGGCCAGUAUAUUAUGUGCAUGUUUUUCUACUUCCCCCAGCUGUCUGCACUAGGUCACUGUCGUGUGCCCUGUUGCUUGUCUCUAGGUGCAUUUGUGCAUCUCCGUCUUGUACGCUGCUCACAGGCUGAGUGGGUUCCAGUUGGGCAGAUGAUACCUGUUCUUUGCUGAGGAGGGUGGCCACCCCUGACUGACCACUGGCUGAAACUGUGGAACCAUUCUGGUUCAUGUAACAGUAUUUUACAACUAGCUUCCUUCUUUGGCAGAGUAAUUAGUAAUAGUAUUAACAUGACUUUCCUAGCCUUUGUAUUUUCCUAAGUUAAUAUAGGUCCUCUUGACGCACGGUGUCAUAGUAAACGGGAGUAAGAGGCACUUAUAAUAGUUUAUAUGUAUCACAUAGAAACUAUCUGAGAUGCAUGAAUAUUACCUGAAAGCCCAUGAUUCUAGUAACUUGGAAAACCAAGCCUCUUAGCAACUCAGAAGAUCACUGUAAUUUACACUGAAAAUGAGCAGGUUAUACUGAACCUUUGGUACCUGAAUGCCUUACAUCCACAUAAUAUUAACAUUUGAAGUUAAUGUUUUAUAUAGGAAAUGUCAGGUGCCUGGCAAAUGUUCCUUACCAAGUAGAACCGAAAGCAAGCUGCUCAGGAAGAUUGCCCUUGUGUCCAGCAAGUUUCUGAAGCCAAAGGAGAUUGCUUUUAUCUCUGAGGUCCCGCACUCUGAUGUCAGUGCUCUGAAAACAGACUUGGCGACUCGUGAAAUAAAGGACACUAGAACCCCAAAUUUGAAAUUAUGAAAAGUUUAGGCCAAAGAGAUAAAAUAAAAACAGCUGUUGGGAAUGAAAAAUGGCUGUAAGAAUUUAGUUACAAGUAUUUCACAAAAACAUUUCAUCACAUGUACACAAUGCAGCAAUACAGUACAAAGCCAGCUCUCCCCACCAAUGAAGCCCUCUUACCGUCUAACAAAAAUAAUUUAGAUGCAUUUUUGUGCAUGGAAUUUUCAUAUAUGUUUACACUUUGGUACAAAACAUAGAAAAAAACAUUGGCACAUUACAUAGUGAUAAGUUGUCUUUUUUUCUCCCAUGUACUGAUUUUUUACAUAUUCUGCAGUCCAAUUUUCAUUUGGAAAAAUGUAGCUACUGGUUCAAUUAGUUCAGCUUCUAUGCCUCUUAAAAAUGCAUCAUGGAGUACAGGUAAAAUAAAACUAAGGUAUUUUGUUUACUUAGUUUCUGAUAUCAUAAUACAUAGAGAAGGGAUGGCUGAUAAAGGAGAAAGGAAAAAUCUCCAGUCUGACUUUAUGCAGAGCACAGAAAGUUGUGAAAAGAGUUGUAUAAAAAUAUGCACUUGUGCUUCAGAAGCCUUACCAUAUAAUUAAUAGAUUAAAAUAGUAUUUACUGCC